GCCCGCGGACUCCGCGCGUCACCUGCCGCGUUCGUCUCUCCGCGACGCUCGCCGCGGUGCCCAGCUAGGCCCCGAUGUCGACACCGGUCUUGCCUAGUUUGUCCUGCCGGGAUCACACGGCCCUCGGGCGGGUCGCGGAUGCCGGGCGAGUUGUCAAGUGGCAACCCCGUGUAUGAGAAAUACUACAGGCUGGUGGAUCCGGGCAACAAUGGCAGAGUUGGGGCCUCGGAAGCGGCAUUGUUCCUGAAAAAGUCCGGUCUCUCGGACCUCACGCUUGGCAAGAUAUGGGACCUGGCUGAUGCAGACAGGAAGGGCUGGCUGGACAAACAGGGAUUCUAUGUGGCCUUGAGGCUGGUGGCGUGCGCUCAGAACGGGCACGAGAUUGCACUGAGCGCCUUGAGCCACGUCAUCCCUCCGCCCGCAUUCCAAGAUACAGGCAGUCCCCAGCUUGGUUCGUCUGCACAGAACCCAGAGGCCUUUUGGGUUGUUAAGCCUGAUGAGAAGACCAAGUUCGAUGGCAUCUUUGAUAGCCUGGGGCCGGCAAACGGCCUGCUGUCUGGCGAGAAAGUCAAGCCCGUGCUCAUCAACUCGAAUCUUCCCAUGGAGGUGCUGGGCAAGGUUUGGGACCUGAGUGAUAUAGACAAGGAUGGCCACCUGGACCGCGAUGAGUUUGCAGUGGCCAUGCAUCUGGUGUAUCGAGCCUUGGACAAGGAGCCGGUGCCAUCCGUGAUCCCGCCCAAGCUGGUGCCGCCCGCCAAGCGCCCCUCCGCUGCCGCAGGCGGCGGCGGCAAGCACCCCGGGAUGCUGCCCGGCGCCGUGCCCGUGCUGCCGUCGUCGCCGCCGCCCCCCCGUGACAGCCUGCGCUCCACGCCGUCGCACGGCAGCGUGAGCAGCCUGGCAAGUGGCGGGAGCCUCUCCCCCAAGCUGCAGCCGCGCUUGCUGCAGCAGACGCACACCACCUGGGUCGUGACGCCGGCAGACAAGAUAAAAUAUGACGAAAUUUUCUUGAAAACCGAUCUGGACAUGGACGGCUUUGUGUCUGGCCUGGAAGUGAAGGACAUUUUCAUGCAGUCGGGCCUUCCGCAGGCUGUCCUUGCUCAAAUCUGGGCCCUUGCAGACACGAGGCAGCAGGGCAAGCUGACGCAGGACCAGUUCGCGCUGGCCAUGUACCUGAUCACGCAGAAAGUGAGCAAGGGCGUGGACCCUCCGGUGACGCUGAGCGCCGACAUGAUGCCCCCUUCAGAGCGCGGGGCCUCCACCACGGACGGCACAGGUGGGGUGGGAUCGGCUGACUUCUCCGCCAUCAAGGAACUGGAUGCCAUCAGCGCAGAGAUCACCGAGCUACAGCGAGAAAAAGCUUCCUUGGAGCAGGACAUCCGCGAGAAGGAAGAGGCGAUCAGAUACCAAACCAAUGAGGUGCAGGACAUGCAGGGGGAGCUGGACAGGGAGACCAACACCUUGCAGGAGAUGCAGAGCCAGAACCAGGGCGCUCAAGAGCGGCUCGGAGAGCUGGAGCAGCAGAGAGCCAAGCUGGAGGCCAUGCUGUCCGACCUACAACUCAAGUGCCAGGAGGAGACGCAGACGAUCUCGUCGCUGCGGGUGCAGAUCGCGGGCCAGGAGUCGGCGCUGCGCUCGCAGGAGGAUGACCUGAGCAAGGCCAAGGGAGAGCUGAGCCGUCUGCAGCACGAGGAGAACCAGAUGGAGCAGAGGCUGGAGGCUGGCAAGGCGCACCUAGAAACCAUCGUGCGCUCCCUGCAGGCCACGCAGCAGGAGAUCUCGCAGGUGCGUGGCAUGUUGGCUCAACUGACAGAUUCUCAGGGUGCUGGUGGCUCGCUGAACGGAUCCCUGGACGUGCCAAAUGCCGCCGAGGUGGAUUCUCGCUCAUCGCCGUUUGCCUCCAGGUCUGGGGAGGAUCCCUUUCACUCCAAAGCGCCAAUGUUCCCUCCGUCAUCCGCUGAGGGCAAGACGGACCCCUUCCAAAAGGAGCACCCCUUCGCUACAGAAAGCGUCUUCAAAGCAGAGGAUCCCUUCAAAGGAAGCGAUCCUUUCCAGGGAGAUCCGUUUGCAGGCCAAGAAUCAAUAGCAGACCCGUUUGGUGAGGACCCAUUCAAGGGCAGCGACCCCUUUGGAGGUUCCUCUGCCGGGAAGCCCGGCAAGUCCAGCCUCGCCACCACCACUACCACCUCCUCCACCUCGACACCGGCUCCCAAAGAGCCCUUCGGCAAGCCGAGUACCGGACCAGGCCUCUUCGCUAGCAGCAGCAGCACCACGAGCGACCCAUUCUUGAAGGUCACUGCCGGCGCUGGUGGCGGCGGUGGUGGCGGUCGUUCCGAUCCCUUCUCGAAGCCCGGGGCUUCGUCUGCGGAUCUGUUCUCAAGGGCAGGCAGUGACGCCGACCCGUUUAGGUCCAAAUCGGCCGGGCCGUUCUCCAAGGCAAUCGCCGAAGACCCCUUCUCAUCCAACAGCUCGGACCCGUUCAACAGCAGCACCACUACCACCACCAAGGCCGACCCGUUUAAAGCUUCAGACCCGUUCGCUCCGGGGGGAGUUCGACCGAAUUCUGCGGGCAGUGCUGACCCGUUCUCAUCGCUGGAUCCGUUUGGGAGCAGCACGUUUGACAGCCAAGGCUUCGCCGACUUCGGAAAUUCAUCUCGACCCGGCAGCACGGACCCCUUCUCCGACUCGUCCGGUGGGGCCGCUGCAGGCGACCCGUUUGGCAGCGGCGCUUUCGGUGGUGGUGACGACCCGUUCCGCUCUCGCGAGGCCGUGCCGAAUCUGCCCCCCAAGAGGAGCGCGCCACCGCGGCCCAAACCCCCCUCCUCCUCCGGGACGUCCACGCCCACUAAGCGAGCCGAGGCAUCAGACGCCUCGCUCCCUUUCCAGCCUUUCGGUGGUGGGACUGAUCCAUUUCACUCUAGAGGGGGGUUUGAGGAGGAAGGGUGCGGCCGGACCGACCCAUUCUCGGCCACGCAGCCAGCGCCAGGCAAAAGCUCUAAGGGGUUCGGCCAGUUCGGCAGUGAGUCGGACCAGAUGGCGUGGGCCACUUGGGAGAGCGAGCGAGCGGAGCGGGAGCGUCUCGAUCGGCUGAAGCGGCAAGAGCAGGAGGAUCUGGAGCUCGCCAUCGCGCUCAGCAAAUCCGAAAUGUCCAAGCCGUGACACGCGGCCGCCCCCGCUCCCGGUCUGUCUCGCAAGCGGAAGUUGACGCCGGGGGUGGGGGGGGGGGCGAAGAAAAACAAAGCGACUCGUGAGCGGGUGUUCGCUCGUCCACGGCCCCCCGGUAACAGCCGGGAGAUUAGCGGCAACAAUAAAAUAACUAUAUAUAUAUCAGGGAAUUAAAGGAACAUUGUAAUUAUAGUAGGAAAUGCUACGCGAAAGAAUUUCGGGUGUGUCGUCGCCGCUGUUUCUGCUGCGGUGAGGUUUGGCGAGGACAAAGGCGGAUUUGCCAAAAAAAUUUGACGAGCACGCGCUACUUUACUUGCUCUCUUUUGCGUGCCGUUUCAUGAUAGCCGGAGAUUACGCGGACUGAUUAUGUGGCCAACUUAACGGAUUCAAGUUUAGUUUUUAACUCCUGCUAUUUAUCCACGUGACGGCGGUCAAUGCACAAGCUUCCACCUGAGAGUGAAUUUCUAAUUCUGUGUUGUUGAGAACAAAUUUUGGUUUUGUGAUCUUUUCCCGGUGUUCACGUGGCUCGCAAUCUCAGAGCUUGGCGGUAGCCAGAUGUAUUAGGCAGCCUAGAGGGGGUCCGAUCAAAGUUUUAUAUUCACAAAUAAACCCCCCCGCCCCAUAUUUAUGCCCCCCCGUAUAUUGUACACUAUUUGAAUCCCGCGUGCAUUACGAUAUUCAAACACUUUGGUUGACAGCACAUUCGCCCCUGGCAUUCUAGCGGAUCCAGAUGCCAACACGGCACUCGAUUGGGGGGUGGUGGAUAGUUAGGGGUGGAGGGUUGGUGGUAUUCCAGCCGUGGGGAGCGGCAGUGUAGAGGUUGGCACACUGUGCUUACGAAUCCGGCGAGCCGAGUUCGAUUCCCGCUCACGCCCAACACCAGUAACGAUGAUCUGAACCAGCACUGGGCCUCCCCUAAGUCGAUGCAGCCUCGAUUGAGUACCUGCUUCGAUGUGUAAACAUCGCUCUUUGGGAGACAAAAGCGGCCGUGUGGAGUUCCGGCCUUCAAUGAGGGCUCACUCGCAGCACUCACCCCAACAGUCUGUUUAAGGCUACACGGGGGGAUCCUUGUUGUUCCCACCCACUUGGCUAAGGCCCUGUUGGGGGAGGCUUGCCGUGAUUGAUGACUCACAGCUGUAGCUCAGAGUCUCGAUUAGACUGCUGCCCUGCAAUGAGCCGGGCAACUCGCACGGCUUGGCAGGAGGGUGUAUAAUGGACGAGCGCAACUUGCUCGGAAACUAUCUCCUUCCGAUGAAAUAUUUUAUUUCCCAUCCAAACGGGGCUCCGUGCGCCCCCCGUUGUGCGCCGUGCCCCAAUAUUAGGUCAAGCUGUCUGCACGAAGCUCUGAAGUUGAAGGGGGUGCUGUGCGAGCGGUCGGUGGAAGGUUGUUAUUGUGGACGUGUAAUUAAUAUCGAAAAGCCACCUUUCGGUAACAAGUGUCAUUUUUUGUUCUCUGUCUGGGUUUCUGAUGGAACAUGUUUGCGAGUAGCGGCGCUCUUGACACUUAACCGAGUACAGCCAAGCUUUGAUAUCACAUCCAGUUCUGUGUGCAAUGCCUUUAAUCGGAGCUAGCGUGGCUCCAUUGAUUCUCCAGUCACCUUUGGACGAUCGCUGCAAGGUCGCAUUUGAAGACAAAUUGUCUGCCACGUCUCUUGUGAUCAUUGCCCUGGCAUCGUCGUUUUUUUUGUUUUGAAUCGCGUUUGCUUAAAUUGUUACGUGGAUUUUUUUCCACAAAUAUAUUUUUUUCUUGAGUUAUUAACACGUGCCACUGCCCUAACUUCUCUUUCGACAGAUGUAAUGUAUCGUCGCCAAUAACCUCCUUUGAGAAAUGUUAUUUUACGGAGUAAACUAUUAUAAUGGUAUUGCCACAUUAAGUUAAGUCACGACGUUUGUUGGUUUUACUGCAUGCGAGCAACUUCUAACUUGGUACAACAUUAUUAAAGUCUCCCAGUGCUCAAACAAGCAGAUGGCAUUGCUCAUAUCCCUUAGCCAUCCUAAGCCAGUGGUGGAAAUUCCACAUUCCUAUUUAAAGACCAGCCUGUUUAAUUACAGUAGUUUUACAAUAUGUAUUCACACACACGCACACAGCCGACGGGCAGGUCACGUGCUGUCUUUUUGUUUAUUGUUGUCCUUCCCCUCGCAUCGGUGAUCCGCGUGGUUGGCUACGGACGGCGCGAGAGAAGGUCAAUUUCCAUGUUGCUAUCUCUUCCAAUACGUGUAGCCAGCGUGGAAGAGUAGGCCAAGCAUACCCUCUAGAUCUGCCUGUAGAGAGCUCUCGUGUGGAGGCCUUUCUGCCAGCAGUGGCACGAGGAAGUUAUUGCGGGGCUGCGCAUUUACCUUCACACAAUCUCACACGCGCACACAUGUACACGUAAAUAUAUGAAUUAUUAGGCAAAGGAGUUGUCUGACUUCUGAUAUGAGGAAUCACUAAAUCUGAUCACGUGUCCAUCCGAUCAAGUUUGUAGAAUAGUUGAUGCAAGAAACAAAUAACCACCGUGUGUGUGCAUGCAACGAAAAGUUGAUCCUUUCGGUGACACUUUGCCGACGAAUUCUAUUACGAAAAGAAACGGCGAGUGACGCUGCGCUGCGUCUCAGAAGCGCUUUGCUCAGAACUGCAGCAGUGAUCGGCUUCAUAAAGCUCCACACAAGGCCAGUUCUUGCGUACGUACAUACAAUCUAGGUUUUUUUGGGUAAAAUCGUAUGUAUAUGAACGUGUCGUUAAACCCACCACUACCCGACACAGCCAAUUAGUAAGGUUUGUCACGCAAAUAGAACGUGCCAAUUUGUCACUAGUACAGCACACCGGGUUGUGUGUUGGAGAGCCAAACCACAACAUGUUCUGUUUAGGUGACAAACCUUACUAAUUGGCUGUUUCGGGUGGUGGCGGUUUAACGACACGUUUAUAUUAACGCGAUCUAAACCAAAAGAAACCUAUAUUGUGGCUGAUGUUGGUUGCGAAAGCCUACGUGUUAAUAGUACAUACGUUUGUACGAGACCUUUCAUGCCGCCAAGUAUUUGUUGGAAAGGCGAAAUGUUCUCUCCCCAUUAAAACUUUUUUUUCCCGAGGACAAAGUGAAGAAUGAAAACCCGUUGCGCAGGGCCUGAGAUCGCGCGAGAGAUUUAAAAAAACCCAGCGUUCGGUACCACGCGGGUUUUGCCAAAGGCUUUCUCCGCGUGCAGCGGGUGAGUUCCCUGUGGGGUGGAGGGGGGGAUGUGGUAGAGAGAUGAUGAGCCGCGAAGUUUGAUUCCACGGAGGCGUGCGUUCAACUGUUGUAACCGCUGGGACCCGACGGCAGCUUGGCACGACUCGUGCGGAGUUCUCCUCUCCAUCUCUUCGUCGUCAGCAGCGCCGCUCAGCCCGAAUUCCCUCCCUGCGCAUGAAAAUACACAACGGUGCUUCGGAGCAAGGCUCGGGGAAGUUUGCAAGUUGGUGGAGGAGCUGCGUCGACCGCGUGCGACGACGUCCGUCUCCGUCGCCUCGUUAUUUCUUUCUCCGUCAUCGUCUUUGGGGGGUUUAUGUUGCCGUGUUGUAUAGCCGGGCCAGCGUUAACAUUGAUUUUUUUUCCCCUUAGUUUUUGUUUCAGGUGGAAUGUGUGGCAGAGGCUGGGGAAAUGAAUGUCUCGUAACAGUUCAGAGCCAACGGCGUGUGUAUUUCUUAAUAUCUCUCUCUCUCUCUGAUCAUAUUUAUCUUUCCGACGCGGCAGACGUGAACGCGCAAAUCCCCGGUGGUGGUGAAAUGUGCUCCUUUUCCGGAUUCUGCGCUUCAUUACACUGUUUCAUUCUUACCUUUGCUCGCGGCGAUGGAUCGUUGGUUUGUUAAGUGUAUAUUGUUAAAUUGUAAUUAACGUUUUUAAAAACCACUUCAAAAGUUUCUUUUUUGUGUGUUUUUUUUUAACUGGAACAAUUAUGGCAAUAUGCAAGCGUGUUAGUGCCGUUCAGCAUUUAAAAUAUAUACGAUUAAAAUAAAACAUUAAUGUGAGAAAUUUG